UUGGUUUCUUGUACACUUUUCAAUGGCAUUCGAAAAUGUUAACAGACACUUUGUGUACCUUAGACACGGGUUAUUACGCAGAUACUGUAGAGUGGUGUCCUGCUAAAGGUUUUGAAGACUAUUUAGUGUGCGGUACUUAUCAGCUGCUCGAGAAUAAAGAGAAAAACGAUGGAUCCGCGCUUUGCCCAGAGGAGUAUUCAAGCAUUGGCAACAAGAGGGUCGGCAAUGUACAGCUGUAUCGCCUGAAUGAAUCGCGUACAAGGUCGCCUGUUGGAAAAACUGCAAACUCAGGAAACAAGUGGUAUUUUAGAUACAAAGUGCCAGUCUGUCCCCUUUUCUACUGCAGCCACAUUGUUAUAAGUGACUCAGGUGGACAGAUUACAUUAUGCAAAUUUUAUGAAGGUACCUCUGAGCUUUGUCAAGUUUUGCAAUGGUUAGGGCAUCAGUAUGAGGCUUGGAUUACAGCAUUUAAUGCUUGGAAUUCAUCCAUUGUAUAUUCAGGAGGCGAUGAUUGCCUACUCAGAGGAUGGGACACAAGAACAGGCUGCCAUAAACCUACAUUUACAAGUAAAAGGCAUGAGAUGGGUGUCAGCAGCAUUCAGUGCAAUCAUGCAUAUGAACACAUGAUUGCAACCGGCAGCUAUGAUGAGAAAAUUCAUGUUUGGGAUGAUAGAAACAUGACACGCCCAUUAUGUACAUCACAUCCUGGUGGAGGAGUGUGGAGGAUAAAGUGGCAUCCUUACCAUGGAAACACAAUGUUAACGGCAUGCAUGUAUGAGGGCUUUCAUAUUCUUCAGUUCAACAACAACACAGGACAUCAAAGCUUGGAAAAAGUGGUUUCUUAUAAGGAACAAGCAAGUUUGGCUUAUGGUGCUGAUUGGUACAGGAAACAUAUCCAGCUUUCUAGAUUCAGUGCACAAGAUUGUGAACAAAUGGACAGAAAUGAUGAACACAAAGGGACUGACCUAUUACAUGAAAGCAUUUCUGAUACUCAAACUGACAUAGUUGCAACUUGUUCAUUCUAUGACCAUGCCUUAAAUUUGUGGACUGUGAAUAAUGCAGUCUCAAGAUAGCCCUGGAAAUGAAACACAGCAAUGUGUUGAGUUCAAUCUUCCAUCCUUCAGAGAAGGAACAGUGUGGAUUUCUGUCUUCUUCAUCCCUGAUGUCUGACCAGAAGAGGAAACACCAAAGAAUUAUUCCAAUAAAAACUUUUAUUUCAAGUCCACUGCACUAUCAUAGUAAUACUAGCUAAAGAAUUCUGAUGAUAGAACAUAUAUCUAUACAUUCAUAAUUCAGAAAAUUCCCUUAUAACAUUUUAAUUAUCAUCACUAACUCAAUAACAAUUCCGUAUCUAACCUCAAUUUUUUUCAAUUGUUAAGAAUGUAUGUAAAAAGAUACCAUUACUUAUGUAAUCAUAUUUAUGAAGAUAAAUAAAAUAUUGCAUGCAAUGAAGACUUGCAGUUGAGUUUCAACUUCAUGCAUUACUUUGUAGAAUUAUAAAAAAACCUAGCCCUAUGAUAAAUUGAAACCCAGCAAUUAUCUGGAAAAUUGUAACAAGCAUCAGAUCACUGA